AUGUCGAAUGUGAUCCUCGAGGCAUCCGUUAAUCUUGGUGUAUCUUGCACAAACGACUUCAACACCGAGGAAGGCGCGCUCGGAGUGGGGCCAUUUAUCGGUGCUAUCGACGGCAGGAAUCAGCGUGCGUGGUUGUACGAGAUCUUGAAACGGACUCAAGUAUACAGGAAGCUCUGCGACCAUUGCAUAUCUCGAUCAAGAGGUGCUCAAACGACCCAAUCGGACAUCAUCACAGAGCAGAUCCUUUUCACCACCAAUAGCGGCGGCGUCGCUCACAAGGAGGUGAUUGUAUGCGCGGGUGCUGUGGGUUCGCCACAUCUUCUCAUGGUCUCUGGAAUCGGGCCUGUGGCGUACUUAGCGGAGAUAGGCGUUCCUGUCGUGUAUGACAGCCCCACAGUCGGCUCGAACUUGUUGGACCAUCUAUCCGUUGGCGCAAUGAUUUCUAGGGCCAAGCCCGGCAUGACGCUUGACUUCCUGUACCGCCCUGCGUUUGCCGCAUGGGCUCUUCUACAGUGGCUGAUGUUUGGUUCAGGUCCAAUGUCUUCGCUGCUCAGCCAAAUUGGUUUGUUUAUCCGUUCCGAUGACGAAAGACUUCCUUUCAGCGUCCCUUCAAGAGGCACUGUCCCGCCUUCUGCUGACCACACCUCAGGGCCAAACGCGCCUGAUGUUGAAGUUGUAACAUGUCCCAUGGCCGUCAUUGAGAGUGAAGUUGUGAUUCCUCCAGCUAAUGGUGUCACAAUUGAGCCAAUCCUUCUACAGCCGGAAAGCCGUGGUACGGUACGCCUACAAUCAACCAGAAUCUGGGACAAGCCGCUCAUUAACCCGAACUAUCUUGCCACUGAGGGCGGUCGGAAUAUCUUGAAGUCGAUGCGGCUGAUCAUCCGCCUCGCGCGUACCGAACCGCUCGCCUCUUCCCUGGUACUUCAAGACGCAAACAACGACUUCGACCCAUAUUGGCCGAGCGAUGUCAACCCGACACAGUGA